AUGGCCGUAAGAUCUCUACGUGUUGCCGGCGCGUACCGGGACUUUUGCCGUGCGGUGAAGACGACCUUUGCGGCUGACCCGCAGAUUCAGCGGCAGCUCAGGGCGGAGACGGCCCGCGCCCUGCGUCAGCAAGCCUCCCUCAAGUCGGAAGACGCCUGGGUCGCGGACCUGAAGUCGGGCACGGACAUGAUCAGGUACGAGGUGAUCCAGGCGUCUCUGAACCCGGAGACCCAGAACUAUCGCGCGCACAUCACUCAGGUUGUAGAUUUGCUGCCCCCUGACGAAGCGCUGAAGAAGCAAGGGCGGUGA